AUGAUCAGUGUAUAUAACUUAAAUCUUUUUGAAUAUUGUCCCCAAACAAUUACUGCCUCUGCCGAGGGUCUUCGGAAACAGCCAUAUCUUCACAAGUUGUAUACAAAUUACUGCCUCUGUCUUGUUUUUGUAUAUGGCGAGUUCCGAAGUAGCAAAGGUUAUGGCCAAUGCCGGCCUGAACUGGAUAUGGCCUUCCAAAGUGAAGUUGAAGCCUAUGUUGCUCGGACUCUCCGAAAUGCUGCUGCAUCCGUGUCGGUUCCUCCAAUUACAUUUGAAGGAUUCGACAUGCUCCCGGCGACAUUGUCGGAGAGUCCGAGCAACAGAGGUUGCAGCCUUGCGCAGUGGAAGGUGUCAAAAAUUCCAGAGACAUUCUUGUCAACUGAUCAUUACUUGAAAUCAUUCAUUACUCCACUUAUUGAAGAAACACAUGCUGAUUUGCUCUCAAGCAUGUUCACAGUUUCAAAAGCCGCUGCUCUUGAGGUUCUUGGCGUCGAAAAAUCAGAAAAAUUUAAGCCUCCCAAGAGUUUAUAUUACGAGAUUUUGUUGAAGAGCGCGUUAGAGGGUGAGAAAAUUGAAGCAAAAUAUAAACCCGAGAAUGGAGAUUUGAUUGCACUAACAGAUGUGAGGCCAAGAAGAAUUGAAGAUUUGAACAGGCCUAAGAGAUCUUAUCACAUUGCUAUAGUUCAAGGGAUUGAAGAUGAAGAUUCAUUUUGUAUACCUAUCCUGUCUUCGAAGCCUAUUUCAUUUCAGAAACAUAACGUUGAAAAGGGUGAACGAGGGGACAAGCUUUUUGUUGUGAUUCUUUCUAAUUUGACGACAAAUGUGCGAAUAUGGAAUGCUUUGAAUUCAGACCAGGAAAAUGCAAACCUGAAGAUCAUUAAGACUGUGCUGACAAUUGAUCCAAAUAUUGCUUUACUUUCUGGGGAAGUAGAUUGCUCUCUUUGCUCCGGCAAAGAAUCUAAAACUAAUGCUAUAUCAAAUUCAAGGGCCGUGAUUCAGUCUUUUGGGCUAGACGAUGCUCAACAAGAGGCGGUUCUAAGUUGUAUUGCAACAAGAGAAUGUGGUCACCGGAACACAGUUAAGUUAAUUUGGGGUCCUCCAGGAACUGGAAAGACUAAAACAGUUGCCUCCUUAAUCUAUGUUCUGUUAAAAAUGAAAUGCAGAACUCUGACUUGCACUCCUACGAACAUUGCUGUGUUGGGAGUUACAAAGAGGCUGAUGCAACAUGUACUAGAUGGUCUAGUAUACGACACUUAUGGUUUAGGAGACAUAAUUUUAUUUGGUAACGGGAAAAGAAUGAAGAUCGAUGAUCAUGAAGAAGAUCUGUUCGAUAUAUUUCUUAAGAACCGUGUUGAUGCCCUUGUUAGCUGUUUGUCACCAAAUACUGGGUGGAGAAUUGGUGUGCAAUCCAUGAUAAGUUUGCUCGAGGAUCCUGAAGAGCAAUAUAGUAAGUACAAAGAAAAUGAAGAAAAAAAGGAAAUUGACAACAAGAAGGCGGCAUCAAAAGAUACACAAAUUUCUCAAAGGAGGAACAACUCGAGAGCAGAUGAUGAAGCGAACAAGAUCAAGAACGAAGGGGAGGCAAGCAAAAAAGAAGCCAUUGUUUGGACAUUUGAGGAGUUUGUUAUCAAAAGAUUCAAAUGGAUACAGAACCAGUUAAUAUUUUGUCUGACAAGCUUGUACACUCAUGUACCUACUUCGUUCGUUCCACUAAAAGUAGCUAAGGAAAUGAUCAGACUACUUGCAAUGCUUCAAACUCUUGGAAAGUUGUUUGCCACUGCGGAAACUUCUGGAGGAAACACGGAAUGCCUAAAAGUAUUGAAAUUUCUUAGUGCGAGUAUCUCUCUUCCCAAUUUAAUCUUUGACUACCAAAUUCGAAGUUUUUGUCUAAAAGGUGCAUGCUUGAUUUUCUGCACUGCUUCUAGCUCAUCGAAAUUACACACAGACGGAACGACACCACUUGAGAUGGUGGUAAUUGAUGAAGCUGCUCAGCUGAAAGAAUGUGAAUCCACUAUUCCUUUACAACUCCCAGGUCUGCGCCAUGCUAUACUCAUCCUUGAUGAGAAACAAUUGCCGGCUAUGGUUCAGAGCAAGAUCUGUGAGAAGGCUGACUUUGGCAGAAGCUUAUUUAAGAGGCUGGUAAUUUUAGGACACAAGAAGCACCUUCUUAAUGUUCAAUAUAGGAUGCAUCCAAAAAUCAGUCUGUUCCCAAAUAGUGAGUUCUAUGAGAAGAAAAUAACGGAUGGUCCUAAUGUAAAAGCCGCGAUAUAUGAGAAGAGAUUUCUUGAAGGAGAUAUUUUUGGCUCCUAUUCAUUUAUUAAUGUAAGUAGUGGAAAUGAGGAGAUUGAUGACAAGCACAGCACGAGAAAUAUGGCAGAAGCUUUCGUUGUAUCUGAGAUAGUUGCCAACCUUCAUAAACAAUCUGUAUCUUCGAAACAAAAAGUCCGUGUUGGUUGUAUAUCUCCUUACAAGGCUCAAGUUUUUGCUAUUCAGCAAAUCCUUGGCAAGAAAUAUAACACAGAUGUUAACAGUGACUUCUCAGUGAAUGUUCGUUCUGUUGAUGGUUUUCAAGGGGGUGAAGAAGAUGUUAUAAUUAUCUCCACUGUUCGUUGUAAUGGACGUGGAUCGGUUGGUUUCCUUUCUAAUCUUCAGAGAGCAAAUGUAGCACUGACUCGAGCAAGGUACUAA